CGGGUUGGAGGGGCGGUCUGGGAUCGCGGCCGGAGAAAGAGGCGAAGAGGUGACUUCACAGAUAAGCUUUUAUAGGCACCACUCUCCGCCCGCCGGACGGGAGGCGGGGUGGCAGCCCGAUUAAAGAAGCAGCCUGGAAGGAAGGAAGAAGCGAGGGAGGGACGGGAACAGUUGGAGGAGGAGCAGCGAGCUGGGCUGCGGCGACCGGAGGAGGAGCGGCCCCCGCGAGGCCACGUUUUGUUUUUGUUAUUUUCCAUCGAAAUAGUUCUCGCAGGCCUCCCCGAGAACUGAUUGCGCCGAAGCCCGGGAGCCCCGACCUUGCAGGUGACAGCUGGUCACCCUGGUAGGAGUCAGCUCCGCCCCAAGUCACCCCCUCCGGCGCACAGCCCAUUCCCCGCCCUGCCUCCCAGUGCCCGCCCGGGGCGAGCGCGGCGGCCGCCAAGGCUCUGCAGCGCUGGAACUGGCGGCGACCGGCGGAGGCGCGGGGCCCUCGGCGUUGUCCUCUGACCCAGCGGAGCCGCGGAUGAGGAAGGGGGAAGUGCGGCCCCAGGCUCGAGCCGGAGAAAGGAGGAUAGCGAUUUAACCCUCCCUCUCCUGCCAGUCCUGCUGCCGGGCGCUCCCCGGGUGCCCGCCGCCGGAGCCUGGGAGCCGCGCCCGAAGUGCCGCAUGGGGCAGGGCCACUAAAGCGCGGAGUUCGGGGUCGCGCCGAGGCGGGCGCAGGGGCCCAGCGCGGCUGUUGGCACAGUUUCGGCGGCGCAUUCAACGCGAGAACUGGGGGCGCGGCGCGCCGAUCCGGCCGCCUCCGUGACCUCGGGAGGCGCGAGUUAUGGAGCCCCCCUGCUGCAUUCAGGAUGAGCCGUUCCCGCACCCCCUGGAGCCCGAGCCGGGCGCCACUGCGCAGCCUGGCCAGGGGAAGCCGGGCGACAAGAGGUUCCGGCUGUGGUACGUGGGAGGGUCGUGCCUGGACCGCAGGACCACGCUGCCCAUGCUGCCCUGGCUCAUGGCCGAGAUCCGCCGGCGCAGCCAGAAGCCCGAGGCGGGCGGCUGCGGGGCGCCGGCGCCCCGGGAGGUGCUCCUGGUGCUCAGCGCGCCCUUCCUGCGCUGCGUGCCCGCGCCGGGCGCCGGUGCCGCUGGGGGCUGUGGCCCUACGGCCGCGCAGCCCAACCCGGCAGUGUUCAUCUUCGAGCACAAGGCGCAGCACAUCUCGCGCUUCAUCCACAACAGCCACGACCUCACCUACUUUGCUUACCUGAUCAAGGCGCAGCCAGACGACCCGGAGUCGCAGAUGGCCUGCCACGUUUUCCGCGCCACAGACCCCAAUCAGGUUCCCGAUGUUAUCAGCAGCAUAAGGCAGUUAUCGAAAGCGGCCAUGAAAGAGGAUGCCAAACCCAGCAAAGACAACGAGGACGCCUUUUACAACUCACAGAAGUUCGAGGUCUUGUACUGUGGCAAGGUGACCGUGACCCACAAGAAGGCCCCAUCCAGCCUCAUCGACGACUGCAUCGAGAAGUUCAGCCUGCACGAGCGGCAGCGCCUGCGGGUCCAGGGCGAGCCGCGCGCCGCGGAUGCCGGCGACGACCCGGCGGUGUCGGAGGCCCAGGCGCCCGCUUCCCCCAACGACGUUCUGUCCGAGGAAGGGUAUGGCGUCACCGACACCCACCCCAUCUUCCCCGCGGCGCCCAGCCAGCCUGGGCCGGCCAGCUCUCGAGUCUGCUUCCCUGAGCGGAUUUUGGAAGAUUCUGGCUUUGAUGAACAGCAGGAGUUCCGGUCUCGGUGCAGCAGCGUCACCGGUGUCCUGCAAAGGAAAGUUCAGGAGAACAGCCAGAAACCGCAGCCGCGGAGGAGGCAUGCCAGCGCGCCCAGCCACGUCCAGCCCUCGGAUUCGGAGAAGAACAGAACGAUGCUGUUUCAGGUUGGACGGUUUGAGAUUAACCUUAUCAGUCCAGACACUAAAUCACUUGUGCUUGAGAAGAAUUUUAAAGAUAUCUCCUCUUGUUCCCAGGGUAUAAAGCAUGUUGAUCACUUUGGCUUCAUCUGUCGGGAGUUGCCGGAGCCCGGGCUGAGCCAGUAUAUCUGUUACGUGUUCCAGUGUGCCAGCGAAUCUCUGGUUGAUGAGGUAAUGCUGACUCUGAAACAGGCUUUCAGCACUGCCGCUGCCCUGCAGAGUGCCAAGACCCAGAUUAAGCUGUGCGAGGCCUGCCCUAUGCACUCUUUGCAUAAGCUCUGUGAAAGGAUUGAAGGUCUCUACCCGCCAAGAGCCAAGCUGGUAAUACAGAGGCAUCUCUCGUCCCUGACAGAUAAUGAGCAAGCUGACAUCUUUGAACGAGUUCAGAAAAUGAAGGCAGUCAAUGACCAGGAGGAAAACGAACUUGUGAUUUUACAUCUGAGGCAGCUGUGUGAAGCCAAGCAGAGGACACACAUACAUAUUGGGGAAGGCCCAUCGACUAUUUCAAAUAGUACAAUCCCAGAAAAUGCGACGAGCAGUGGAAGGUUCAAACUUGACAUUCUGAAAAAUAAAGCUAAGAGAUCCUUAACGAGCUCCCUGGAAAAUAUCUUCUCAAGGGGAGCUAACAGAAUGAGAGGUCGGCUUGGAAGUGUGGACAGCUGUGAACGAUCCAACAGUGUUGCUUCAGAGAAGGACUGCUCCCCAGGAGACUCCCCGCCAGGGACCCCACCAGCUUCCCCACUGUCCUCAGCUUGGCAGACGUUCCCUGAAGAGGAUUCCGACUCCCCGCAGUUUCGAAGACGGGCCCACACGUUCAGCCACCCACCUUCCAGCACGAAGAGAAAGCUGAAUUUGCAGGAUGGGAAGGCUCACGGGCUGCGCUCCCCUCUUCUGUGGCAGAGCUCCAGCGAACAGUGCAGUGAUGGAGAGGGGAGAAAAAGGACCUCGUCUACCUGCAGCAAUGAGUCCCUGAACGUUGGAGGAACCCCUGUCACUCCUCGCCGAAUUUCCUGGCGGCAGCGCAUCUUCCUUAGGGUUGCCUCUCCCAUGAACAAAUCUCCCUCGGCCAUGCAGCAGCAGGAUGGACUGGACACGAGUGAGCUGCUGCCACUGUCCCCUCUUGCCCCACCCAUGGAGGAGGAACCGCUGCUUAUAUUCGUGUCUGGUGACGAUGACCCAGAAAAGGCUGAAGAAGGAAAAAAGUCGGAGGAACUGAGGAGUUUGUGGAGAAAAGCUAUACACCAACAAAUCCUGUUGCUUCGAAUGGAAAAAGAAAACCAGAAGCUUGAAGCAAGCAGAGAUGAACUCCAGUCCAGAAAAAUUAAAUUGGAUUAUGAAGAAGUUGGAGUAUGUCAGAAGGAGGUCUUAAUAACCUGGGAUAAGAAGUUGUUAAACUGCAGAACUAAAAUCAGAUGUGAUAUGGAAGAUAUUCAUACUUCUCUUAAAGAAGGUGUUCCCAAAAGUCGACGAGGAGAAAUCUGGCAGUUCCUAGCUCUGCAGUAUCGUCUAAGACACAGAUUGCCUAAUAAGCAACAACCUCCUGACACAUCCUAUAAAGAGCUUUUAAAGCAGCUCACGGCUCAGCAGCAUGCUAUUCUCGUGGAUUUAGGGAGGACAUUUCCUACUCAUCCUUACUUUUCAGCACAGCUUGGGGCAGGGCAGCUGUCUCUCUUUAACCUCUUGAAAGCCUACUCAUUGCUGGACAAAGAAGUGGGUUACUGUCAGGGGAUCAGCUUUGUGGCUGGAGUCCUGCUUCUGCACAUGAGUGAAGAGCAAGCCUUUGAAAUGCUGAAAUUCCUCAUGUAUGACCUGGGCUUUCGCAAGCAGUACCGACCUGACAUGAUGUCACUACAGAUUCAAAUGUACCAGCUGUCCAGGCUCCUUCAUGACUAUCACAGAGAUCUCUACAAUCAUCUUGAAGAAAAUGAAAUCAGCCCCAGUCUUUAUGCUGCCCCUUGGUUCCUCACAUUGUUUGCCUCUCAAUUUCCAUUAGGAUUUGUAGCCAGAGUUUUUGAUAUUAUUUUUCUUCAGGGAACUGAAGUUAUAUUUAAGGUUGCCCUCAGCCUGCUGAGCAACCAAGAGGCACUCAUAAUGGAAUGUGAAAACUUUGAAAAUAUUGUUGAAUUCCUUAAAAGCACGCUCCCUGAUAUGAAUUCGUCUGAAAUGGAAAAACUUAUCACCCAGGUUUUUGAGAUGGAUAUUUCUAAACAGUUACAUGCCUAUGAGGUGGAGUAUCACGUGCUGCAGGAUGAGCUCCAGGAAUCUUCCUAUGCCUGCGAGGAGAGCGAACCCAUGGAGAAGUUGGAGAGGGCCAACAGCCAACUGAAAAGACAAAAUAUGGACCUCCUAGAAAAAUUACAGAUAGCUCAUGCUAAAAUCCAGACCUUGGAAUCCAACCUGGAAAAUCUUUUAACCAGAGAGACCAAAAUGAAGUCUUUGAUCCGGACCCUGGAACAAGAGAAAAUGGCUUAUCAAAAGGCAGUGGAGCAAAUUCUGAAGCUGCUGCCAGCAGAUGCUCUGGCCAAUUGCGAACCGCUGCUGAGAGACUUCAACUGCAACCCUAACAGCAAAGCCAAGACAGAAAACAAGCCGUAACUGAAGACGUGCCACCCCAGCAGGAAGUGCUCUGAGGAUGCUACCGACAGAAGGAGUCUGCAUGCUGCUGGCCCAGAGCUGACAGAACCACUGAACUGGUUCCGAGCCCAAGUCAGAGCCGGUAACCCUCGCUCUCCUUAGAGCAUGCAAGUUCUAAGCCAUUGUACAUAUGUAGACUGUUUUUUGCUGUCCUUGUUAACUAUGUACAUAUAUAUAUAAUGGACAUAAAGAGUUCAUGCUUUCACAUAAAGGAGUAGAUAUAUAUUUAGAGCAGUUUUUUAAAAAAAAAUCAAAACUUCAUGAAAUCCAAACCAAAGGGAAGUUAAAAUGAAAUUCCCCUUGGACACCUGUGAAAUUAUUUGUUUUUGUAGUGAGACAAAGCUAGAACAUCUUUGUAUAUUGAAAUAUACUUGAAAAAAAUGAAUGUAUUUUUUUCUCCAAAGAACAGCAUGUUUCACUCAGUGGUGGAGAGGUGGAAACAUUUGUAUAGCUUUAUGUGCAUCUGUCUUAAAAUCUACUGACAUUUUAUAUAUAUAUAUAUAUAUAUAUAUAUGAGGAAAAUGACUGAUUGCCGGUCAAGCUCCUUAUGGGUUUUCCAGGAAAGUCGGGGCCGUCCCCUGCUGCCUGCUUUGUGCCAACGAGCAUGUUGCAUCUACAUGCAUUUUUGAGUCUGGUCAGGCAUUACUUUAGGUGUGUGGAAGGAGAAAGCAAGACUGUGGCUGACUUUGCCCACCCAGCUCAAAGUGAAAGAGAACACUACUAUUUUUCUAGUAAGUUCGACCAGCAUUGUUACUUAAACUAAAAAUAUCAGUCCUCAAAAAUUUAAUUUAGGACCUAAAUUGUCUAGAUCUACUUUCUACCUUUUUAUUUAAAUGAUUCCUACAGUUGUGAAUGAACUCCCCUUUACUUGGUGCCACAGUUGGUGAGAAGGAUUUGCCAUUUCCCACUAAAAUGUAGGCGCUCUUACCUUAGUUCUCUCUACCUUAAAUGGAGGAUAAGGAAAUGAAGUUAUGAUUGGUUUUCUAAAGAUGAGUACUGCGUUGAGAUACCUUUUUUUUUUUUUUUGCCAAUUGACAGGUCUGAUAAGCUUGUAAUCAUCUUCCCCUUCCAUGUGACCAUUUAUGAGAACUGUGGAAUAUUUUAAGUAAACUGUUGAAAUCCAUGGGAAGGGAAGGAGAAAGCCCUUCUAAAACCUACAACUCUGCGUUUGGACUCCUGACUUUCUCAGUCUACAGAUAGAUUAUUCGUGGACAUUCAUGCAUGCUGGGUGAAUGGAAGGAAAGUAACUUAAAAACUUAAUUUUUAAGUUACACAUGGAAUUUCUCCAUUUCAGAGAUGAUUCUAUGAUAGUGCCUUGGAAAGUUGAUAACAGUGUUUUUGCCUUUCCAAACAAUAUUUUUCGUUACUGCUUUUUGCAGUACUUGUGUUAUCACAGAUGGAUUACCUGGGAUAAUUUUCUUCAGAGGGAGUUUGUUAUACACAAGCUACAAUGUAUUAUAGAGUAGAAGAAUAAAGCUCUAAAGGUUUCAGAAAACCUUGAUGAGCAGAUGAUAAGCAUCUCAAACCCAUUACUCAGUGUAAUAUAGUGACUCUUGUUACAAAUCAGCAUGCCCUCUAAUCCAGGCAGUUUCUCAAAAGAAAAUGAAGUCUUACUAGUAAAGUUAACGUAAUUUCUAGGUUCUAGAAAAUGCUGACCCAAUCAGUUGGGGCCACCAACUCUUCUGUUGCUUGGAUUUCCCUCAAAUUUCUCUAUUUGUAGGAGAGGAAUUUUCCUAUGAGGAAUAUGACAAAUAUUAUCUGGUUACUGUCUGGUGAUGAAAAUUACCUCAUGUGUAAUACACAGGUGGUAGCCAGGGAAUCUUCAAGUUGGGAAAAGAAACUUUUCCUUUCAGUUGUUCUGUUUAAAGUAAAUUUUAUUCUGGAUGUUCAAAGUCAACGUUAGAGUUGUAUUAUGGUGUUCGGAGCUUAAGUUGUCUUGGAUACAACAUUUCUUUUGAAAAUGAAUUUUUCUUUUGUGAUCUUUUAAAUGUUGCAACGAUUAUGCUUCAUGCAUUGUUACAUCUUCAUCCUAU